UUUGGAGCAACUGGUAGAGGAGUUCCACAUUUCACUCUCCCCCUCUGCGUCCCUCCCUCUUCUUCCAGCAUCUAAAUGGGAGGUAGGCACUGAAUAGUGCCUCUUUCUGUUCCCCUGCACACAGUCAACCAGGACCCUUGGAGACGUUGGUCUUGGGAGCACAUCGGCAUUAACGGUUGCCAUGACUUCCCUGUUUCUGCUGUUUUUGUCCCUGCCCAUCACCAUGGCGAUGUCAACUGUGAGCUAUGAUGAGAUGGAUGGCAAAUUACACGUAAGCAUCCCUGUAGAGACGCCUCUUCGCCCCCUGCUGGGUGGCAAAGUCAUGGUGCCAUGCUACUUCCAAGACAACACUGUCAACGACCCAGGAGCCCCCACCAUCAGCCCACUCUCCCACCACAUCAAAUGGACCUUUGUCACUAAGGAACCCAGGAAAAUGAUCACCAUCCUUCUAGCAUCAGAAGGGAAAGUUAAUGUGAAGCCAGAGUAUGAAGACAGAGUGACAAUGGUCAACUACCCCAUGGUCCCCACAGAUGCCUCCAUAGAGCUGACAGAGCUUAGAUCCAAAGACUCUGGAACCUACCACUGUGAGGUGAUGCAAGGCAUGGAGGACAGCUACAGCUCUGUGGACAUCCUGGUUCAGGGUGUUGUGUUCCACUACCGUGCCAUUACCAGUCGCUACACCUUGACGUUUGAGAAAGCCAAAGCCGCUUGUAUUCAAAACAGUGCUGUCAUCGCUACACCCGCACAGCUGCAGGCUGCUUUUGAUGACGGAUUCCAGCAGUGUGAUGCCGGAUGGCUGUCCGACCAAACAGUCAGGUACCCCAUCCAUGAGCCUCGCUGGCGUUGCUUUGGAGAUAAGGAAAGCUUUCCUGGUGUAAGAACCUAUGGUUUGAGAAAUGUAAAUGAGACCUACGAUGUGUACUGUUUUGCUGAGAAGUUAACAGGUAAAGUCUUCUACUCAACAUCAGUUGAAAAGUUUUCCUUCUAUGAAGCACAAGAUCAGUGUACCAAGCUCGGUGCCAGGCUAGCCACCACUGGAGAGCUUUACCUUGCCUGGAAGGAUGGUAUGGAUGUCUGUAGCGCUGGUUGGCUGGGAGACAGAAGCGUCCGAUAUCCAAUAAAUGUUGCUCGACCUCUGUGUGGAGGGGGACUGGUGGGAGUCAGAACUGUCUACUUGUUUCCCAACCAGACUGGAUACCCUUAUCCAGACUACCGCUAUGAUGCCAUUUGCUUCGGAACUUUUUCCUUCUCAGCUGAAGAUUUAAUGCUGACGACACCUCCCCCGGGGAUCUUUGGACUGACAGGUGAUCCAUCUCCGUCAUCUGGGACUCAUGAAAUGAAGACAGGAGGUGUGGACAUAUUGCCCAUUCAACCUAGUCCAACUGAUAAAAAAAGUGAGUUUGGGAUUUCAAUCAAGCACAUUUCUUCCACGGGUGUGGUGUUUCAUUACCGACCCAUCACAGGCCGGUACACUCUGACCUUUAUGGAGGCUCAGCAAGCUUGCAGGAAUAUUGGGGCAGUCAUCGCCAGCCCCCAGCAGCUACAGGAGGCUUAUGAAAAUGGACUAGACCAAUGUGAUGCCGGUUGGGUGAAAGACCAAACCGUUCGGUAUCCAGUGGUGACACCAAGAAAACAUUGUUAUGGAAACCUGUACACACGCCCAGGAGUAAGAUCUUACGGCUUCAGAUCAGCAACAGAACGCUACGAUGUAUAUUGUUAUGUGGGGGGUUUGAAUGGCGAGGUGUUCUUUGCCAGUGACUACGACAGCUUCUCCUACGAGGAGGCUGUGCAGCACUGCCAGAGCCUGAACUCCACCUUGGCCACCCCUGGUCAGCUCUAUGCUGCCUGGAAACAAGGAUUUGACAAGUGCAACCCAGGUUGGCUGAUGGACCGCAGUGUCCGCUUCCCCAUCACGAUUCCCAAGUCGCAGUGUGGGGGUGGGCUGGUUGGUGUCCACACCAUCCAUGCAUUUCCCAAUCAGACGGGCUUCCCAGAUGAGCACUCACGCUAUGACGCCUACUGUUUCACAGCUAAAAUUCCUGUUCUUCUUCAAAAUGAAACCAGCGUAAAUCGCACAUUGAUUGGUGAUGUCAUUAACAAGACUGUUAUCUACAACCAGUUUGCCUUUACUGAAGCUCCAACAUCUGAGCCCUCAUUCACCAAUGAUACUGUUGGGGAGUCUGGCUCUACCAGCACCAGUGGGGAGGAUUCUGGGACAGGACACAACAUUAGCUUCAGUGGUCACACGAGUGGUGAUUCUGGAGACCAGUCUUCCUCCGGAGGUCCACAAGAAGCGGAAGGAGGAAGUACUGUCAGCUUCGUGCCCGGAGUUUCGGGUAGUGGUUCUGCUUCUGGAUCUGGGAUUGACAGCUCUUCUGGUUCAUCAGGAUCAGUCUUCACCAGUGGAACUGGAUCUGGAAUUGGAACUGGAUUUGGUAGUGGAAGUGGAUCUAAAAUUGGGACUGGAUUUGGUAGUGGGAGUGGAAGUGGAUCUCGAAUUGGGAGUGGGUUUGGUAGUGGAAGUGGAAGCGGAAGUGGGAGUGGGGGCUUUAGUGGAAGUGGGGGUUUUAGUGGCAGUGGAGAUUCACAGAUCUUCUUUGUGGAUGAAGAGAUGGUGGAGGUAACAAAAACCCCAAAGCCCACUGAGAAAGAACUAGGCAAGGGAGGAAUUGAUUUCAGCGGAGGCUAUUUUGGUACAAGCGGGUCUGGGUCAGGAGAAUCAUCAUCCUCUGGAUCAGGAGAUGUGUCUGCGUCAGGUUCUGGAGAUAGCAUUUUCUUUAUCGACCACAAUGGCAUUGAUCUUACAUCACAUCAGUCUAAAGAGCAGGAAGCAUCAGGAAUUGAUACUUCUGGAUCAGGGUUCUUUAGUGGCUCCCCUAGAAGUUUCCCAUCAGGCACAUCAAGCAGUGGCUCUGCUUCUGGACAGUCUCCUGAACCGUAUCCUGAUAUCAUCUAUCUAACCGAUGAUGUAUUGAAAGUGGCUGCAACACCAAGGGCACACCAGGAGCAUACUUCAGGUAGGGUGGAGGUGAGCGGCGAAGGUAGUGGGUCAGCCAUUAGCCAUGAAGUUAGAGGAACUUUGGAUAUAUCAGGUAGUGGAGUCACUCCUGAAAAGCCUGCUGAUACAUCAACAUACACAGAGUUUAGCUCAACUGUUGAUCCAUCUGGAUCAGAUGUGCUCAGUGAGGCGGAACACACAGAACCACCAGCUUAUGCAGUGACUCCAGAAGUCGCUUACACAAGUCCUACCACCAAACCUUCCGUGUUAUUGGCAACUCCUGCUGUCAUGAAGAUGCCAGACUUGAUCGCAGGUGUCCAGGACUGUCCCGAAGAAUGGGUGGAGUUUGGGGGCAGCUGUUACCUCCGGGUGGAGGAUCGAAAGACUUGGUCGGAUGCAGAGCAACACUGUCAGGAGCACAACAGUCACCUGGUCAGCAUCAGCUCACAGGAAGAGCAGCACUUUAUCAACGCCAACAGCAAAGAUUACCAUUGGAUUGGACUAAAUGAUAAAGAUGUGCAGAAUGAUUUCCGCUGGACAGAUGGGAGCCCUCGGACUUAUGAGAACUGGAGGCCGAACCAGCCAGACAACUACUUUGGUUCUGGGGAGGACUGUGUCGUGGCGAUUGGACACGACGAUGGGCAGUGGAAUGAUGUGCCCUGCAAUUACCACCUUCCUUUCACCUGCAAGGCUGAACACAUCCAGCACACAGUUAUGUGUGGAGCUCCUCCUGCAGUGGAACAUGCAAGUCUGAUUGGAGCCAGCAAAGAAAGUUACCCGGUCAACUCUACAGUCCGCUACCAGUGUGACGCUGGUUACGGGCAGCGCCACCUACCCUUCAUACGCUGCAUGCCGAGUGGGCAGUGGGAAGAGCCACAAGUGGAGUGUACGGAAGAUGUCAAUGGUAGAUUACAUAAAAGGUCCCUGAAGAGAAGAAGUAAAGGCGUCAGCAGCCAAUAGGAGCUGAGGAAGCUGCUCUGAGCAGGACUGAAAGGACAAAAAGCAGAGAGUCACAAACGAGACGUCUUGCAAAGAAGAAUGGACACUAAUGCAAAUGUCCCAUCAAAAGAUACCAUGCCUUCUUUAAUGACACUGCCGUGUCAGAUGUUGAAUAAAAAAUGAGAGCAUUGUGCCAAAAUCUCACCCCUCGCCUCCUGCUUUUGGGCCAUCAACUAAGGUAAAUGACAAUACUUUUAAAUAUAUUCAGCAGUGCAUUAAUUUUAUGGAUGGACAUUUAGAAAGUUUAUACUUUAACAAAAAAGACUGGUUGUGAUUUAAUUUAUUUUAGUUUCAAUUUAUUUCAGUGCUAGAAUACAGGCAUAUAAAAGCAUUCAGGAUUUUCUAAACAGUUAAAUGGAGAGAAAUCUAGUCCAUAUUUUCUAUAUUAUACGACAAUUUUACACAUCUACACUUCACAGCAAUUGCUUUUUGUAAGAGGAAGAAACAAUCUAAAAAUUCAUUUACAGUUUAUGUUUUCUUUAAAGGACAUGAAGCUGUUCCUCACUAUUAUUAAUAAAUACAUCUAUAGUUUUUUUAGAUGUGUGUGAUUUUUAAAGAAAAUUUCGAGGCUUGCAAAAUACUGCCUCACCUUCAUCCUCAAACAAAACACACUUCAUAAAUAUUUAUUGUUUUCACAAUCUCACAUUUAGUAUUCUAAUGUAAAAGAAUUGAGGAUCAAAUAAUUGUUCAUUUCUAUUUUAAGUUGAAUAGAAAUCCAUGUUUAAGGUACAACUUCAGUGCACCCACCUUGAAUUUAAAAUAAUCAGCACUCAUGCACUUUGAAGUAAUUUUUGUCAUCUUGGCUGGAAUCUUAAAUCAAGUGCACCUUUAACAGGAAAAAAAAAGAGCAACAAAAAGUAUUUUUUUCUGUAGUAACGGACACCUAACAAAUUGACAAGGGGUUACGCUAAUGAACAUCACCUUCUGAUGGUGCAGACGCUGCACAUCCACUUAGGGGCCGCUCCCUAAAAUCAAUGUAGUUUUGUGAACUGUGUCAGCACUGAAGUUACAAUCAGUGUUUGCUCUCUACUGUGCUUUUUUUCCUUGUAAAUAUUCUUACUAAAAUUCUCUGAACAGCAGGAUCUGUGUGAAACCUCUUUAGAGCAAACCAUUGAAACUUGUUGAUUUACUCGUCCUUUACAUGUGUGUUGAUUCAUUUGGAGCCAAGUGUACAAAAUCAAAAACAGAGCAUUUGAAGACCUUUGAUCGCAGGCUUAGACACUUUGGUGGAGAAUGAAGAAAGGAAAUCAGAGAAAAUCAAACAUGUGGAUGAGCUGAACCAGAAGUGCUGACAGUGUCUUUUAAAAUUCAAGAUUUACUUACACUCUGAGAGCAAAACGAUAUUUAAGUCUAUGUCUGAUUAUUCCAAACACUGAUUUUUGUGAUGCUGAGCAGAAACAUUGGGUAUUUGAUGCUAGUCUACUUGGAUCCAGCUUGUGCAGGAUUUUGUGAACCUCCGAGGUGUGAAGAAUAAAAGAGGAAAACUGGUGGCUUUGUGUUACUGCUUGUGUUUCAUUGAUUGAUUUAAAAAUAUAAAUUGUGUUACCAAUAAAUCGCCGUACAGACAGACAUUACUUCUGUUGUGAAUUCAGAUCAUGAAUCCUGAUGUGAGAAAUCCAUCUUACUGAGCUGCACCAAAUAAAAUCUGGAACCAUU